GUCAAAAAAAAAAAAAAGAGUGUGUUUUUCUCCGGAGAGAGAAAGAGAGAAAGAAGAAAGAUGACAUUGGGGCUGAUAAAUGCAAACCCGGUGGUGCACGCCAAGAAAGAAAGAGUGGCUCGCCCCCUCGACGAUCCUCACGCCGACGACGCCGUGGAUCCUCUCGAGAUUUACGAUUACGUGAGAGAUAUAAGGGAUCCGGAGCAUCCGUAUUCACUAGAGCAGCUCAGCGUUCUGUCUGAGGAGUCCAUCACUGUUGAUGAGAAGCUUGGCCGGAUUUUGAUAACCUUCACGCCUACCAUUCAGCACUGCAGCAUGGCAACUGUAAUUGGUCUUUGCCUGAGAGAGAAACUGAAGGAUUGUUUCCCUGCACAUUUUAAGGUCGAUAUAAAAGUGGCUCCUGGAUCUCAUGCUGAUGAAGAAGCAGUUAAUAAGCAAUUAAAUGAUAAAGAAAGAGUUGCUGCAGCCCUGGAGAACCCAAACCUUCGCCAACUAGUAACCGAGUGCCUUUACUCCAGUGAACUUUGAUUGGUUAACCUUACUGGAGGAGUUUACUUCUUGUGCAAUCAGGAUGAGGCUUCCUUUGUAUCAUAACUUGAUCUCUCAAAUGAGAAUGUUACAUCCUUUCCUUUUGCGAGUGUAUGUAAAGUAUUGUUCUAAAUCAAACUAAUAAAUAAAGUCUGAAGUAAUUAUCCCUUGUUA